CAGACCAGGAGGAGGAUGAGAAAAAUAAGAAGGGCUAACGAUGAAAUGGAUGAGGAAGAAGAACUUAUUAGGAAGAUGUAAAGAGCUGAUAAAAAGCAGGAAAGGUUUUGUGGAAAAGGAGGAGGAGGAAGAAUGCACUGUGCACAGAAAUAUUUUUAUUUAUUAAUAAAACCUAAAACUUUCCUUAACACAUGAUGUGAGAGAAGUUUUCAUGACUUUUUCUACUCAACAUCUCCUCUGAUGGAGAAUCCGGAAACUGCAGAGCUCGCGCUCCAGGAGGAGAAGAAGAAGGAGGAGGAGGAGGAGGAGGAAGUUCUGGUGGAACUUUUUGGAUUUUGAAACGUGUGUGUGUGUGUGUUUUUUCCUCCCUGAAGCAGAACAGUCAGUUCCGUUAAACGUGCAGCAGAGGGGGGACGUCAUCAGCGCUCGAGCUCGGGGUUAUAAAGAAAAAGAAAAGGAAAAGAAAAGAAAGAAAAACAACAAAGUAGCAAAGAUAAAGGAGGAAAGAAGAAGGUGGGGGCGCGCAUGUAGGAGAAGAAGUUCUCGUUUCCCGUGAAAGUUCCUCUUAUGGAAAAGCGAGAACUUUUCUUCCUCUCGCGCGCGCCGAGGAGCUGUUGCGCGAUGUGACCGGAGCUAUGAGGUGUAGGAAUGGACAGACGCGCUCCAGGCGAGAACAUGGCGUCGUCUGUUUCUUCUCCGAGCUCGCGCCGCCGCUGCUCUUCUUUGGGCUGCUCGGUGUCGCGGCGGCGGCGGUGGCGGCGGGUGGGGAGGACGCGGGCCGCGCGUGCGGCCCUCCGUGUCCAGGGAACUGCUCGUGCGCGGUGCUGGGAGCGCAUUGCGUGGUGAACUGCUCGGGCCGCGGGCUGGAGUGGAGCCCCUCCGCCACCGAGCUGCCCACCGACACCAACAUACUAGAUCUGUCCAGAAAUCACCUGUCCUUUGUGGACUCCAGUCUAUUUGAUCACCUCGAUGGCCUCAAGGAACUGUAUCUUCAAAAUAAUCACAUUACAGAACUUCCUCACAAAGUUUCCGGUUGUGGCUCAUUAGCUGUGCUGGACGUGAGCACCAACCCCUUCGUGUGUGCCUGUAAGCUGGUCCACCUGGUCAGCAAGCUGCAGAUGAGGGGUGUCACCCUGAGGAGAGCCAAUCAGAUGCUGUGUGACCACCCACCCAAACUCAAAGACCAACCACUGCUCAACGUCAGCUCCGACCACUGCGAGCUGUACUACGCCGGGUGUCUGCAGGACGAUGCUCGCUCCGGGGGCAGUGAGCUGGUGAUCUUCACGUCGUCGGUGAUGGGGAAUUUCUCGCGGGAGGAGUGUAACUCCAGAUGUUUCUUCGCUAAGCAGCUUUACGGAGGCCUGGGUUCACGCAGGGAGUGUUUAUGCAGCACCAACUCCGAACCCAACUACAUCAGCGAGGCCCGGUGUUCUGCAGCCUGCUCCAACUCCACCGUCAUGAAGGACUGCGGCCUCACUGUUGCCCAGGACGUCUUCCAGGUGAAUUACUCAGUGCGUGUCUCAGCGGUGCGCUCUAGUGUCUACUCCCAGACCGCGUUGUCGGUGUCCUCCUCUGUCCUUCCAGUGUCUCUGUGCUGGGACUUUGGGGACGGCUCUCCGCUCCUCAACACCUCGCGUACCACGGCGCAGCACAAAUACGGCCUGCCGGGUCGCUACAGGGUGAAAGCAGUGGCCACGGCAGCACACAGGGAGACAAGCGGCACGGCCGAGGUGCGUGUGGAACUGCCCCCGAGACUGGAGCUCCGCUGCCCCUCACCACUGCUGGCCAAUCAGAGCCUGGAGGAGGCGGUGACUCUGGUGAACUGGGGCGGAGUGGGCGUGGAGGCGGACUGGCGAAUCAGGAAGGAGGGCCUGGAAGUGGCCCGAGCUGAGCCAGUGUGUGUACCAGACAGCGUACAGCAUGAGAAUUUGUCGCGGUGUUUCGAGUUGGUGCCAGGCGAGUUCAGCUGGUCCGAGGCUCGGCGUCAGUGUGUGACUCGGGGUGGAGAGCUGGCCAUCGCUCGGGGGGACGCCGUACAGAGCCUCAUUGCUCAGCGCAUCACACAGGAGCGUGGGGUGUGGUUGGGUCUCAGCGAUGUGGAUUCUCCCGGGUUCCUUCACUGGGUGGACGGAUCCCCGGCGCUCCCAGGUGAAGAUGGAGCGAGAGACAGGGCCAUGCUGGUGGACGGAAACAUGUGUGUGUCCCUGGGCAGCGACGGACAAACCAGCUCGCACCCCUGCAGCGCCAAACGUGCCUACGUGUGCCAAUUCACACACCAAGUGCGAGUGUUGGAUGCGGGGGUAUACCGGGUGGGUAUGGCUGUCUUCAACACCCAGAAAAGUGUCAUCAAUCCUGAAGUUACAUCUUUCAUUAGACCGGAAAUAGCAGUCAACAGUGUUGAGCUUCUCCUGUUCCCAUCUCUGAGCUUCACCCACAGCGGGCGUCUUUCAAGCCUGGAGCUGAUCACACACACUCUGAGCUCAUACACACACGUUCGCUUUCAGGUGUACCGACCUCACUGCCAGAGUGGAUUACACCUGCUGCUGCCAGGAUGUGGUGAAUUCUGUAGCCCCAUCGCUAUGUGUCGGUCCCUGGAUGUCCGUCCCAAUGAUACAACCUCCACUACUACUUCCUCAUCUCCACCAUGCCCUGUAUGGCAUCAGUGGUGUCCAUAUGUGGGUUCCUGUCUGCCCCUGAGUCACCCAUGCCAGCCAGAGUCAUGCCCAAAUUGCUCCGGGGUGGAGCCCCUGCCCACUGACACUCUGCGCCCACACUACAGCCUGGUGGGAGAGGUUUCAUUCACUCUGCCACCCGGAGCCUCCAUACAUGCACUGGUCCAAGAGGAAAUCGAAGACCUCUUAGUGGUUCCCGGUGACUUUAUCGCCCUUCAGCAUGAUGCCGGAACCUCUGGGUUGCUUGAGUGCUCUCCUGAUCCCUCUUCACCUUGGAAACAGAGCAUUCUGGUCCAGAAUCGUUCUGAUUGGCUGGACAGUAAUGAAACCCUGGAGAUGAUUGGAGAUGGAAAGUGGGCACAUGAGUUUAUAUGCCCGAUCAGGGUGCUGUAUGUUGGACAGAACGAAACCAAACUACAAGGUCCUUUUCUAAAAUCUGGUCUACCACAAACAGGAGACUACAGCCUGGAGGUGUUGUCACAUGACCCUGACUUCCCGGUUGCCGCCUCCUGUUUGAUCCAUGUCAUCCCACCGCUGAACCUCAGCCUGGUUUAUCCAACUAUUUUUAAUGGAACAGUCUACUUCCUUCCGAAUCAAACAUCUGUUUUGGUCAAGGUCCAAUCCGAGAACAGUGCUAUAAUCAGGUGGCAAGAGAGCAACAAAUCUGUCACUUUCCAAAGUUCUUGCCCACAGGAACUGGAAUCCAAAGUGGUUGAAUGCAAGACAGCGAAGUCAAACAAUGAUACCCUGUUUGCCUGGCUGGACCUUGAGCUCAGCUCCUCACCAGGAAACACCAAAGUGGUCCUACAUGCCCAAAGUGAGAUAACUGAGGCAGAUCUGGAGAUUCAAGCAAGAAUAGAGGAGCCAUUGCAAGGCUUACAAAUUCAGCCCCAUCCCGCCCACAGGGUCCUGAUGGAAACUGUAGUGAGUUACACAGCAUCUGUAGAAGGAGGAAGUGACCCUUCAUUCCGAUGGACAGUGGACGAUAAACCGUACUUCACCUAUUACAACACUGUACUCAACAUCAUCUACCAGAAUGCUGCUGUUUAUAAACUCACGGUCACGGCAUCCAACCACGUGAGCAACAUAACGGAGAAUUUCAAUGUGACUGUGGACAAAAUGAACCCAAUGAGCGAGAUUACCGUUCGGGGUGUCCCUGAUAUCGUGACUCAGGGUGAACAGCUGACCCUGUCUGCCUCGGUAGCAGUCGACAUUUCAGUGGAUGCCACUUUUCUGUGGUUGUUCAAUGAUUUGGAUAAAAUGGAGAAUCACUUUAAACCCCCUUAUAUUGCCCCACAUCAGAACUCCGACCCGUCAGAAAAUCGGAUAGUCCUACAGCAUGAAGUUAAAUACACGUACAAACAGCCAGGCGAAUACAAUCUCAGGGUGUCUGUCUCCAACCGGUAUGAGAACAAAACCCACAAACUCGACGUGUACGUGUUCAGCAUUUUAACAUCAGUGGAGAUCAACACCGAACCAGAGCUUUUGCAAACUGAAAAGCCAGCUGCUUUUGAAGCUCAUCCUUUACCGUCCUCCUACGGAAUCAUCUACACAUGGGAUUUCGGUGACAACUCCAGCCUGCAGCAAGGACGUGAACGUAGGGUCCAUCAUGCCUAUGCGCAAAGCGGGACCUACACAGUCUGUGUGAAUAUUAACAACACCAUUAGUAAUAAAGACAACUGUAAAGUAAUCAUGGUGUAUGAAGACAUUGACGGAUUGGAGGUUGAGGCUUCCACUCCCACUGAAUUCAACACUCCGACAAUCGUCAAGGCUACUUUGGAAGCAGGCAACAACGUCAGCUGGAGCUUCUCUAUGGGUGAUGGGACUGUACUUGUGCGUGCAGAACCACAUGUGGAACAUGUUUACGUCAAAGACGGAAACUACACGGUCAACGUAACCGCAACGAAUGCCGUCAGCUCAAAAUGGGAAUCCGUACACGUUCAGGUGUUCGUUCUGCAGGUGUUGUGGUUGGAGCCUGUAAUGUGUGUUCAGGAAAAAACAGAAAUCAACUUUCAUGCUCUUGUGUCAGGAAAUGCCUCCUCUCAUCUGUAUAUGUGGAGUUUCGGAGAUGGGACCGCCAAUAAAACUCUGUAUGGUACCCCGAGUAUAACACACUCUUACCAAGCUAGUGGAAAUUACCAUCUUUCUCUUCUCAUGUCGAGUUCUGUGAACAAAGCAAAUUUUUUCAACUGGAUCUGCGUCCAACCUGAAGUGUCCAACGUGACGCUCGAACCCUCUAGCAGAUUUAUCAGACUUGGAGACGAAAGCUCGUUUACUGUAACUGCAAUUCCAGAGUUCGACUACACCUACUUGUGGGAUUUUGGGAUCAGUGACUCGAUAAGCCCUAUUACAGGUGGAGACAGGAUGGUUUUUACUUACAAAAGCCCCGGUCUGUAUGUAAUAACCGUAACAGUACUUAACAACAUUUCAGCCAGCAUAAGCACAGUGCAAGUUGAAGUGCAGCAACCUGUGGGUUAUCUGUUGAUCCAGCAUAAUGGAACAACAGGAAACAAACUGGCCUUGAGGCAGGACUACACAUUUAUAUCAAAUUCCGACUCCAAUCACGUUGCCUACAGUUGGGACUUUGGGGACGGGACAGUCCUUACAGGCCGCAAUGUGGCACAUGCCUACAACUCCUCCAGAAUUUUCAAUAUCUGUGUUACGGGUAAGAAUGACGUGAGUGAGAAUAACAGCGAAAUAUCUGUUAUGGUUUUAGCCCCUAUUCGAGGACUUUCCAUCAAUGCCAGCCUUGUUAACGUUCCUUUGAAUGCAACAGUCCACUUUGAGACCCAUCUUGACCAAGGAGACGAUGUGCGUUACUCGUGGAUCCUCUGUGACCGCUGUACCUCCAUUCCAGGCACGCACCCUAUGUUCUAUACCUUCCGCUCGGUCGGUAUGUUCAACGUGAUCGUAACUGCGGAAAAUGACAUUAGCACCGCUCAGGCUAGCAUUUACAUAUUUGUACAACGGGAGCUGGAAGGUUUACAGAUUGUAUCUGAGGAGCUUGGGGAAAGUUGCUGUUUUGCCACCAACCACAUCCUUCACUUGCAGGCUGUGCUUAAAGAUGGCACAAACAUGUCGUUUAGCUGGAACCUUCUGAGGGAAUAUGAAAAUACUGUUGCCCUCAAUCUAACAGGCAAGAACAUCGAACUCAAUUAUUCCACACCUGGACCUUGUGAAGUUCUUAAAGCCACCAAUUUACUCGGUCAGCUGGCUGUUAACCGCACUAUUGAGUUUCUUGACCCUGUUGGAAAACUGCACCUCGAGGCUUUUCCAAACCCUACGGCUAUCGAUUCAAUCACCAACAUGACAGUGUCUGUAAACACAGGCAGUGACCUUCAGUACAGAUGGUGGAUUGAAAGCGAUCCAUUACAGUUUAAUGUACCUUCCAUCUGGCAUGUAUUUGACACUCCAGGGCUGAAGUCAGUAAGUGUAGAGGUUUCAAACCAGGUUAGCAAGGAGAUGGUUUCGGUACAAAUCAGUGUCCAAGAACCAAUUUCAGGGGUUACCUUCACCACAACCAAUGUCACAGAGCAGAACUUUUUAGCCUCUGGAGUCAACGUAUCUCUUUUUGGUCAUGUCCAAACUGGAUCUGAUGUUUCAUGGAUGUGGCUCUUGCCGAAUCAUGCCAAAUCAAACCAGCAGGCCACAUCCUACACGUUUUUAUCCCCUGGAACCUUCACGGUCACUUUAAAUGUCUCAAAUGACAUCAGUAGUGAAGUGCUAGCUCAUGACUUUACUGUGCAAGACCGAAUUCAAGGGCUUGAGUUCAAGGCUAGCAAGAAGAAUGUUGCAGUUGGCGAGAACGUAGAGUUCACGAUCUCUGUUGCAUCUGGAACCUCGGUUAGCUACACCUUAAGCAUCAGUGGUGACGCAACCGUUCACCCCAACCUCACUUACGUGCACCAGUUCAGCCGAGUCGACAACUACUAUGUCAAUUUGACAGCCUGGAAUCAAAUAAGCUCGGAAAGGAGGAACCUGCAUAUCUGUGUCCUGGAGCCCAUCACCAAACUUACCAUUUUGGACUGCUGUGAAGAAGCCAUGCCUGUCGGUGUGGCCAAGACUUUUGAGGCUCAUAUACAGACCGGCAACCCCGUGACGUACCUAUGGACCUUUGAUCUUCAUCAUGGAGCUAAAAAAACUAUGUUUGACUCAAAAGCCACCUAUGUACCGGAGGAACCAGGUUUCCUGACCAUCAGCGUGAGUGCCUUUAAUGCUCUUAACAUUCAAAAUGAGACCAAGAAUGUGCUUGUCCAGAAUAUACUCAAAUCAGCCAUCUUAGAAGCUCAACCUCAGGACACAUUCAUUAACAAGACAAUAAUAUUUCAAGCACGUGUGUCUCCACAGUCUAGUUCUCUAAGAUAUCAGUGGGACUUUGGCGAUGGAAGCCCUGAUGUCUUUUCUGAUACUUCAGUUGUCAGCUAUGUAUAUUCUUUACCUGGACACUACAUUGCUAAAGUCAACAUCAGUAACCUGGUUAGCUGGGUUACGGCUUUGUUUGAGGUCAACAUACGUGUUCUAGAGUGCAGUGAACCAGAAGUCCAGGUGGUUCAAGCUCCAAAGUUAUCUAUCUGGCGUUCCAAACCAGCACUGGUCGAAGAAGUGGAUCUCAAAGGCUGUGUUCGAUAUGGCGCCGAAUACCUGUGGGAGAUCUACUCGGCUUCUCACUGCCAGGAGUUUGAAAACCACUUGACGCCACCAUAUAAAGUCCAUCUUCCUGCAGAGGUCGAUACCCGGAGGCUGCAGUUGUCAAUACCCAAGAUGACUCUCCCUGCCAAAAACUACGCCCUGAUCUUUUCCCUGUCUUACAAAGGAAUUCCGCUAAAAAAGGCUACCUGCCUUCAGCUCUCUGUGAUGUCCGCCAAGUUGGUACCGAUUAUCGAGGGUGGAACUUAUCGUGUGUGGUCCAAAACUCAGGACCUACAGCUUAGCGCAAACCAAUCCUACGAUCCUAACCUGAACUUGGACAGUCAGACCUUGCUGAGAUACCACUGGGAAUGUAGCAACACUUCAAAGGGCGCCUCCCACUGCUCCACCCUGAACUUCAGACCCGAUCCAAAAGUUCUGGUGAUCUCCGGGUCGGAGCUGGAGGUCGACGUGGAGUACACGUUCCAUUUGACCGUCAGUAAAGACGGCAUGUCUCCCGAAUCCACCACGCAGAAGGUGUUAGUGAAGAGCGGACGCAUUCCCAUCGUCUCUCUGGAGUGUGUGUCGUGCAAAGCCCAGUCUCGUUAUGAGAUCAGCCAGAACUCGUACGUCUAUCUGGCGGGGACCUGCAACAACUGUCAGGGCUCCUACAGAGGGCGCUGGAUGGCUGUAAACCGUCGCAAUGAGCCUCUGGUUCUGGACCUGAACACCACAACCACAGGCCAGGACAGCAUGAACCUGGUGCUGAGGAAGGGAACGCUGCGGGAUGGCGACUCGUACGUCUUCAGUUUGCACGUCACCGACGACAGCAUGGAGCAGGAGGGCGUGGCCAACCUAGAGCUUCACCCCAAUCUGCCCCCAGCCGGAGGGUCGUGUUCACUGUGGGCUGAUGGCGAGGGGCCGGAGGUGCACACGCUGCUGGAGAGAGUGCACUUUAAGUGCACAGGUUAUUUGGACGAAGACGAAUCUUCGCUGGUCUACAGUCUUAUGGUGUUGCGUUGCUUUAAUCCCUACUGUGAGGAGUUUUGUGUGUAUAAAGGAACCAGCCCAGAACAUUCCACCUUCCUUCCACCUGGAUUACACUCCGCACAGUACAGGGUCUCAGUCUCCAUCAUGGUGGAGGACCACCAGGGGGCAUCCAUCACUGCCCUCAACAAGACCAUGACGGUGAUGUUGCCCCAGGUUCCUGGUGGAUUCAGCAGUCUGGCUCACUGGUUGAGUGAGAUGACGGACACCACGCUGAAUGAGCCGCUGAAACAGGGUGACUCCCAGCAUGUCCGCGAACUCUCGCUCGCCCUCAUCACCGUCCUCAACGGGUAUGAGCAGGGCGUACAGCGUGUCAGCAGCGUGUCGAAGCAGGAGAGGCAAUACAGAGUAAACGUGAGAGGAAACAUCACCCGAGCUUUGACAUCACUGGACCUCAACACCGUCAGUGACAUCCAACAGACCUCGGCUGCUCUUGCGCAGUGCACUGCUGUGAGUCGGGAAUUUGUGUGUGAGGAGUGUCAGAACAGCACACUGAAUAAACUGGAGUCGAUGCUAGAGAUCCUGCAGACGGACACCAAGCAGGGCACCGUGACUCCCACAGAAAUCGCGGACAACAUCCUGAACAUCAUGGGGGAUCUGAUUCAUCAGGUGAGCGAGGCGGCGUCAUCCAACCUGGAGGAGUCCAAAGACCAGGGUACGUUCUCCCUGAAUUACCUCCAGUCUCCACUAAUGGAUCAGCCCCACCCCCUGCGCGUAGCGGCCAAAGCCUACACGUUGUCCUCGGAGCUGAUGCGUAUCCUGAUGCUGUCUCGGGUGCUGAACGAGGAGCCGCUGAUCCUGCGUGGAGCCGAGAUAGCGGCGGCGGGGAAACGCGCCGACCCGCUUAGCCUGCUUUGCUACGGCUUAAGCGACGCCCCCGAGUGCCGCCGCUUCUCCAUUCCCAGGGCGUUCAACUCCAGCCUGGGUACCAGCCUAAGCACCAGCGGGGGCGCAGGCGAGGGCAUCCUGCAGCUGCUCUUUCAAGUGGAGCCCAACCCAUUCCCCUUUAACUACGUCCCCAAUUACACCGUGUCUACCGAGGUGGCAUCCAUGGAAUUCCGCACUGUCAACGGCUCCCAGAUCCCCAUCGCUGGUUUGGACGAGAGCCAAGCCAUCAGAGUAGCGCUGAACAAUGGCACCGCAGCGGGACUGGAUGGGAACAGCACAGGGGUAAGACUGGAUCCUGCUGGGGCGCUGAAUGUAAGCAGGUGUGGAUCGGCAAUAAUCAAAGUGAGCACAGGGAACAACAACAGGCAGGCUGGAGUCUACGUCCAACUCAACUUUACCAUAGCGGAAGCUUCUCCAGAUGCUCAAGACUCAGACCCCUCAAUCAUGGCGUACCUGCACUCCUCUAACAAGCCUAAUGAGUACAUGAGCACAGACAGGAAACACAUCACACUCAGCACUGUGCAGGGGCGGGGCCUCGACCACCAGCUCUACACUUUCUUCCUGUCUCCGCUCAUGUACGACACCACACAGGACCACUUCAUCAACGUGUCAGCAGGCUGCGCUCCCGAUUGGCCAGUGCGGGUCCGUGUGGAGGUGGGCGUGUUCAUGGUACUCUGUCAGUACUUUAGCGAACUGGGGCACAUGUGGCAGACGGACGGGAUGGUACCCCUGGCGGAGACCAGCGCGGGGCAGGCGGUGUGCAGCACGCGACAUCUCACGGUGUUCGGGGCGAGUCUGCUAGUUCCUCAGCAUGCCAUCAGCUUCACUGUGCACGAUCCUCCGAUCAGCCGCAGCCUGGUGGUGCUACUGGUGUGUGUGAUGUGUUUGCUGUGCUACACUGUAGCUGCCCCCCUCUUGAGGAAGCUGGACCAGUUGGACCUGAGACGAGCCUCGGUGGUGCCGCUGUGUGGGAAAGACGGACUCUACAAAUACGAAAUCCAGGUCAAGACUGGCUGGAUGCGAGGGGCAGGAACCACGGCUCAUGUCGGCGUCAGUCUCCAUGGCAAUGAGGGCCGCAGUGGACACCGACAUCUGGACCGAGUCGGAGCGUUCACACGCAACAAUCUGGAUAUUUUCCACAUUGCCACCGAUUCCAGUCUCGGGAACUUACUGAAGAUUCGAGUGUGGCACGACAACAAGGGUCUCUCUCCAGCCUGGUUGCUGCAGUAUGUGCUGGUGAAAGACUUGCAGACAGGAAGCUCGUACUUCUUCCUGGUGGAGGAGUGGCUCUCUGUGGACAACGAGAAGACAGAUGGCAGGGUGGAAAUAGAGGUGGAGCCGUCAGAGGAGGCGGAGCUUAGACGCUGGCCACGCCUCCUCACCUGGGAGCUCCAGAGGGCGGUGUGUGAUAGUCACACGUGGAUGGCGCUAUGGCACCGGCCCCUACGCAGUCCCUUUACCCGCCUGCAGAGGGCCACGUGCUGCGCCACACUGCUGCACCUCAUCAUGCUCACUAACACCGUGUGGUACGCCGCGGUCACGUACGGCAAUGGCUUUGUUCCUGUAUCAGAACAGGUGUCUCUGAAUGCAGAGGUGGUGGGAGUGGGAGUGCUCACCUGUCUCCUGGUGUAUCCUCUUUACCUGCUCAUCUUCUGUCUCUUCAGAUUCAGCCGAAGCAAGGUGUUAGUGGAGCAGCUCCCUCCUCAGGUAGACCAGGAGUCUCUGGAAAUCGAUGACUUCCUGGAUAACUCCCUCACCGGAAGCUCCUUCCUUAUUUUCAAUGGAAUCACAGAGACAUACUCAGAGGAGACCAACAUCGACCUCCCGACUCCUUCCUCGAAAAGGUGGAGCGUUCCAGAUGCCGAUUGGCCGGAUGUGAUGACUGAGCCAUCGAUCGAGAUGGGGGCGGGACUUCCUCCUCGUCUGAAGCGAGGUCAGGGCAGCAGGCAUCUCGGGGUGGACAUGACCCUCAACCCAGAGGAGGAUGAGACAGUGGUGGGACACGACUACAGGAACAAAUACUUCACGUCUUCAGAUGAGGAUCUCCUGAAGCGGAUCCUGGCUGAUGGACAGCUGCUCUCUCAGACUGACAGCGACAUGGGCGACCUUUCCAGUAUAUUCGGGGAUAAGACAGAGGUGAUUCUGCUGCAGAAGAUGAAUGAACCUGUACCUGCAGCAUUGCGCAGAGAUCCACCUAAAACUGCAUUUACCUCACGCACAGUAGUGACGGAUGUGUGUAAGCCGAGGCCACUCCCACCUCUUUGCGGAUUGGUUGCUCUCUGGGGGAGUUGGGCGGGGCUAAUCCUGUCCACCAGCCUGUGUAUAUGGCUGGGGCGGAGCUUCAAUGGAGGCGUGGCUGUGAUGUGGAUCAUUUCAUGUAUUGCCAGCUUUCUGAUGUCCUUCUGCAUCCUGGAACCUCUAAAGGUGUUAGUGGAGGGAGUGUAUUACGGGCUGCUGGUGGCUCGUCUCAGGCCAGAGGAGGGAGAUGUUCUGGUGGAUUGUCCCCGGAUGGAGCGAGUGAUCCAGCGUGUCCCCAGAGUCCGACCUCCUCAAGGCUUCGCUCUGUCCCAGGCCCGAGAGGAGGCACGCAAAGUCCGACUGCUGCACCGCAUGCUCAAGGGCUUCCUCCUUUACAUGCUCUUCUUGCUCGUGGUCCUUCUGCUGAACUAUGCCGAUUCAACCAAAGACGCUCACCAGCUGAGACUGCACACUCAGCUGAACAACCACCUACACACACAGCACUUCAACAACAUCAGCAGACGAGAGGAGGUAUGGGCGUGGCUGUCUGAGUUCCUGUUGCCACGGUUACUAGAUGGCACCGCCCUUAUGGAGGGGACAGGAAGCCUGCUGCUGGGGAAACCCCGCCUUCGACAACAGAGAUCCCAACCAGCUUGUACUACAGGUGGUUAUUUUCCAGCAGUGUCCUGGUUUGGGUGUGGCUCAGAGGAAAGGAGGGAAUCAGGUUCAUCUCUGGUGAUGAACUGGAGCCGCAGUGUGUCUCAGAGCAAUGGAGCAUGGCACUGGGGGCAGGUGUCUGUGUACAGCAGUGGUGGGUUUGUACAGGAGCUCAGCAGAAAGCUGGGAGAAUCUACUGCACUCAUAGAGCAACUUCAUAAACACCAGUGGCUGGAUCCACUGACGAGGGCUCUGUUUGUGGAGUUUUCACUCUAUAACACAAACACAGACCUGCUGUCCAUCUUCUCCUUUUUGUUGGAGUUCCCUGUUUCUGAGCGCCCCCAGUCCAGCGUGAACCUGAAGACCUGCAGUCUGCAGAGCCUCCAACAGGGCAUGAACCUCCCCCUGUUCCUCACGAUCAUCUUAAUCAUCUUGAUUAUUUACUUCUCUGUGCGAGAGGUUGUAUCGGUCAUCAGGCAGGGCUGGGGCUACAUCCUGCGAGUGUGGAAUCUGGUGGGCAUUGUCACUCUUCUGCUGGCGGCCUGUGUCUCCGCCCUCCAUGUGGCUCGCUCAGCCCUGGCCUCUCAACUCUGGGCCUCGCUACAUCAUCAGCGGGAAUCGUUUAUUAACUUCUUUCCCCUGGGGCAACAAAGCCAGGUUCUGGUUCAGCUCAGUGCUGUGCUACUCUUCCUGUUGGUGCUGAAGGUGGCUCAUCAGUUACGGUUUCUGAGGGAGUGGGCUGUGUUUGGCAGGACUCUGAGGAGAUCGGUGCGGGAGAUCAUGAGCGUUGCACUCGCUUUGCUCUUGCUGCUGCUUGCAUACUCGCACACGGGAUACCUUCUUUUUCACUGCAUUAUACAUGGAUAUGGCACGGUCGGGUCUGCCUGCCUGUCAUUGCUAGGUUCAGGGGGACGUGGUCUGUGGUCAUGGCGAGCAUACCGUGGCUCCUCUGCCUGCUCCACUUCCUGCUAUGUGUUUCAUGUCAGCUUUGCGGUACUGCGUCUUGUCCUGCUGUGGCUGAUGACCUCCGUGUUACUAAGGAAUUAUCGCAGGGUCCGGGCAGAGCUCUACCGACCUGCAGUAGACCUUCAGGACUACGAGAUGGUGGAACUCUUCUUACGACGCCUCAAAAUGUGGAUGGGCCUGAGCCAUACUAAGGAGUUCCGUCACAAGGUUCGUUUUGAAGGUAUGGAACUUCCACCGUCCCGAUCUUCAUCUACCAGCGACUGCAAAUCCCUCUGUCCCCCUCUGGAUGCCCCUGAAGCCCCUCCGACUCCUGACAGCGUCGACGGUGGUUCCGAGGCUUCUUGGCAUCCUAUGUCCAGCAGCCCGUGCAGUCUAGCUGAGACUCCAGGUCUCGGUUUAGGCCUCACGUUAAGUUUAGGGGUGGUAGCAGGAGGUCCAGUUUGGAGAGAACGAGCAGAGACCGAGGCCACACUUCGAAGGGUCUUGCCGGCCUUUGACGCAUUGCUACACCAGCUGGACAGGGUCAACCAGGCCACAGAGGAACUGUAUCGCACCGAGUGCCGGCUGGAGAAAGUCCAGAGAAAGAGUCGGAAAAGGAGCCGUGGAAUACUGCACAGUGGUGGUCUGGAAUCUGCAGGACAGAAGAGAUAUACUGGGUCACACAGACACUUCCAGUCGAUAGAGAAGUGUGCCCGCAAGGUAGAGAAAGAUGGAAACUUAGACAAGGCAAGAUCCAAGAGUGAGAAACGUUCUCGCAAAACUUAUAAAGAAUGCUGCGAGAGAGAUACCAAUGCACACCGGAUAAGUCCACAAGAAGACUUGUCACCAAAGGAUUCAUGUCUUCAAAGGACAGAUAUGGGGUAUGAUAAGAUGAAAGCACGUGAGUGUAAGACUGAAACCAAUCCUCCCAAGGUGGACUCAAGUCCCAUCAAGGUAGAAGAAAGCGCUGUUAAGAUAGAAGCAAAUGCCAAUGUGGUUGACGCAAGUGCAAGUUUGGUGGAAGCGAGGUCCCACAAGACUGCCAAAGGUUCUCGUAAGGCUGCAAGCCGGAAAAAGGUCAACCAAGUCAUUCCAAGAGAUGCUGACACUGUUGGCUGUGCCAGCAAGCCAGUUCUUUUUCACACACAGACCCCGAUUCCAAUCAGCACCCCAUCCACUGCCCCUUCUACUGCCCCGGGUUCUGCAAUCGCAACCCCAGUCCCAAUCCCUCGAGCCCUUGAAUGGAACCCACCUAGUUAUACCGAUGACCUCCCAUCCAGCCUUUUCCAACAUCCGGCGCACACCACCAUCAUGCCCACGCGCAAACGUAAGCACAAACCCCCACCUCUAAAAAACAAAAUCCAUCCCAAUACAGACAGGCCAAUCUCAGGACAUGGCAAACCUUAAGGACCUAAAGGUUCCACAUGUUGGUCUUUUGAUUUGAAGUCAGGUAAAGAAACUUUUAAAAGUGUAUUCUGAUAUUCGUGGUUAUCAGUUAUGGUAACAGAGGGCCUUGGUGACAGCCGGUUUUGUUGCCAGUCCCUUAGGAAAAUAGAGAAGUAAAAGAUCGGCAUAAAUGUGGAAUAAAUGGACCGGAAGCGUCGCUAUGAUUUUUCUCCCCCCAGAGCGGCAGAAUUUGGCCAAAUCGAAAACGAUAAACGUUAGCAAUAAGGUGCUGGUCACCCUUUAGAUUUUGCCACACGAGUCUCCUCCCCCUUUCCUUUACCUUGAAUGACCUCAACCAGCCCCCGGCCCUGGUGGUCACAAAGGGCUGAAAUGACAAGAGCACAGUUUGUGCUGUUUUAGCAUCAAACUCGCAGGAAGUGAUGUCACAAAAUGGCGGACACCUCGCGAGUUUCCCAGUUACGUUUUGGUGUCACGUAUUAUAUAAUGUUUUUUAUUUUGUACAAGUUAUGUUUGAGUAAUAAUUGUUCGAUGUAUCAAAGAAGGAAGCUACACACACACACACACACACACAGACACACACGCACACUAACAUAUCAGCGUUAAGCACAUAGAGCUAUGCUUGCAGGUACAUAUGCAUAAUGCACGUCUUAUUUCCGGAACACGAUGUAAGUCUACACACAGGCCCGUGAGGCUAGUCUGCUAGCACGCCAAGCAAGUCGCUAAAGUUGAAAUGAAUUACACAAUCAGAUGAAGCUCUAAAGUGAAGAGUCAAGAAAGAAAUCAUAGAAAUGAAAGGAAGGAUUUUUUUUUGGAAAGAGUGAGAAAAUAAAUAAAAAAAAAACACAAGCAAUAAUAAUAAUUAAAAAAAGGCGGGAAACGGGUGGAGACCUUCUUUAUUGUUAAUUCCAAGGAGAAAAAAUAAAAAGACAUGCAAAUGUUUUAUUAAUGCAAAUUGUAAUAUUUGUAACUGUUUUUGGGAUUGUUUCUUAUUGCUUUUUUUUGUUUGUUUUACAAUUUUCUAUUUAAAAAGCACUAUGUGUCGAGGUACGUACGUGAUCGUUCCAGAAAGCGAACGCGGGUGCGAAUUUUUUAUUGAAGGUAAAUAAGCUUGGUACGAAACGGACCACGAGACGGAAACAUUACUCUGCAUAUCCAUUGUUGCUACUCUUUUAAAGCAUGGAGAGACUUUAUUUAGAUUUUACAAUGAAGAAAAAAAAACAUAUAGCACUUUAUUACUAAUGUUAAGGUCUUUUUUGCGACGCCGCAUGUCAAAUUAACAUUUCAUAUAAUUGAUUAGGUUUGGGUUUUCCCCACUCACUCAACCUUACUCAACCUUACUUCAGGAAACGGAUCCCCCCACCCCCACUCUGUUUGUCUAGAACGUUCUAAAGAUUUGCUCAGGGACCCUUGAACCAAUCCCAAGCCUAUAAGUCAUGUUCGUGUUUGUUUCUUUGUUAGACAUGUAAAUACAAUAUGUGCACCCAAAACCCACAGCGAGAACCAGAACACAAAAAUACAGACCCCGCUCACGUCCUGGUUUGUUUUGUACGUAUCGACAUCCCCCGAUUAAAUGAAACCUCCAUUUCUGAUAAACACUGUCUGAGCAAAAGUAUUGGGACACCCGACUUUUCCAACCAGAUGUGGUUCUUUCCCCUGAAACUUGCACCACAAAAACAGAGGCACACAAUCGUACAAUUAGCCGUUUUUGGAUUCUGUGGGAUGACAUUUUUCCUUCACUUGAACCAGGAGACCUGAAAACCUGUUCCAUCUCCUUGAAAAUCUGAAAAUAUCCAUGAGUUGCUCCUGCUAUAGAGCUCCACCCUAUUGAGAGUUUAGGUUGAAUUAACACUGAAUGCACCUCAGAAAACCCAUGAAAUGAAAAGUCACACAAAAUAAUCUCCACAAAAUUCCAGUGGAACAUCUUCCCAGAAGGGUGGAGCUCAUUAUAAGAGCAAAUGAAGACUCGAUGUGGAAUCGGAUGCUCAAAACAGAAGAACAGAAAUCUUAUGGUCAGGUGUCCACAUACUUUUGGGGUUGUGUAUUUUUUUUUUUUUCUUUAAAUCUGCACUGAUUUUUUUUGUUUGUUUUUAUUUCUUUCAAUUCACAGAUACAGUUUGGUAUUGGGAUUUUUUCGUUUUGUUUUUUUCCACCACUUUAGUUUUACUCUUGGUCCUUUUUUUUAUUAAAAAUAUAUUGUAUACACACUUUCUCAUUUGUAUUUUACCAGUUUUUAAAGUUCAGCCGCUUCCGCUCGUUACGCCGUGUUGGCGAAAUGGUCUGGUGCUUUGUUCAGUUUUUGAAGUGGUUUAUAUUUAAAGUCGUGUUUGCAGUGCCAGAGGUCGUUAGCAUGCGCUAAUGUGGUGGGGUUUUAUUAUUGUUGUUGUUUUGUGUUUUUUUUUUUUUUUUUGCUCGUGGCAGUACUCGUGACCGUUUCGGUUGUAUCCCCGCAUGCGGUUGUAUUCUGUCUGUAGCACUUCGGCUAAAACGCUUUGCACUUGACAAAGUCAAAUAAAGAGAUUGACAGCUCAAA